CUUUGUAGUUGCAUGACAGUUUUUUCAGGGUGAAUGUUAGUUUUUGAAAAACUUUUUAAAGAAUACAGUUGGGUGCUCACUCAAGUGUAUAACCUGUGUUUCUCAUAUGUAAAUCAUGAAUUUCUGGUGUUUUCAUAUGCGUCUUACUUAUUUUAGGCCAGCAGUUCCUAAUUAGGCUGUAUAUUGGAAUUGCUUAAAGAGUCUUACAAAUCACAAUGGCCAAGUCACAUCCCAUAAAUUAGGAUGUCUGGGGUGGAAGUCAGAGAAGCAUUUCUGUUGUGUUCAAACAUUUACAUACUAGAAAAUAACAAUUGCUACAGCGUAAUUGUUAUAGACUAGAUCCACUGACAGUUGCAUAAUGAUUGAAAGUUUGAAGAGUAACAGGAUAGUAACAUAGUCUCAAAAUGUUCUCUCUCAAGGUAUUAGUUACAAAAGGAAAAAUAGUAACUUACACCGAGACUCCUGGUAAACACCAUUUUAACUGAUUAUAGUUAACAUUGUAUUGACAACAUAACCUUUUCCCCCAUAUGAUAAAAAUGGAAGCAUUAUUUCCAUGAUAUUAUUACUAAAAAUGCAUAUGAGAACCAAAAACAAAAGACACUGUCAAAAUAACUGACCAGUACUGGUAACAAGCACAAGGCCCCAGAUUCAGUCCCCAGCACUCUCCCUGCCCUCAAGUGUCAGGAUUAUGAAAAUCAAGGAAAGAUGGAAGGGUCACAGAUUGGAAGAGACUAAGGAGACUUCCUGGACUGGAUUCCGGAAUAGAGAAAGACACUCAUGGAAAAACCAAUGAAAUCCCAAAAUGGCUACUGGACAAGACCGAGUGGUUGCUCUUGUGGACAUGGACUGUUUCUUUGUUCAAGUGGAGCAGCGGCAAAACCCUCAUUUGAGGAAUAAACCUUGUGCAGUUGUGCAGUACAAAUCCUGGAAAGGUGGUGGAAUAAUUGCAGUGAGUUACGAAGCUCGUGCAUUCGGGGUCACUAGAAACAUGUGGGCCGAUGAUGCUAAGAAGUUAUGUCCAGAUCUUCUACUGGCACAAGUUCGUGAAUCCCGGGGGAAAGCUAACCUUACCAAGUACCGGGAAGCUAGUGUUGAAGUGAUGGGGGUGAUGUCUCAUUUUGCUGUGAUUGAACGUGCCAGCAUCGAUGAAGCUUAUGUAGAUCUGACCAGUGCUGUGCAAGAGCGACUACAGAAGCUACAAGGACAGCCCAUAUCAGCAGACUUGUUGCCAACCACUUAUGUCGAAGGUUUGCCUCAGAGCCCUACACCAGCGAAAGAGACUGUUCAGAAAGAGGAGAUGCGAAAACAAGGCUUACAUCAAUGGCUCGAUUCUCUUCAGAUUGAUAACACCAUCUCUCCAGACCUGCAGCUCACCGUGGGAGCAGUGAUUGUGGAGGAAAUGAGAGCAGCCAUUGAAAGGCAGACUGGAUUUCAGUGUUCAGCUGGGAUUUCACACAAUAAGGUCCUGGCAAAACUGGCCUGCGGACUAAAUAAGCCCAACCGCCAGACUCUGGUCUCUCAGGGGUCCGUCCCACAGCUCUUCAGCCAAAUGCCUAUUCGUAAGAUCCGGAGUCUUGGAGGAAAGCUAGGAGCCUCUGUCAUUGAAGUUCUAGGUGUAGAAUACAUGGGUGAACUGACCCAGUUCACUGAAUCCCAGCUCCAGAAUCAUUUUGGAGAGAAGAAUGGGUCUUGGCUGUAUGCCAUGUGCCGAGGAAUUGAACAUGAUCCAGUUAAACCCAGGCAGCUACCCAAAACCAUUGGCUGUAGCAAGAACUUCCCAGGAAAAACAGCUCUGGCUACUAGGGAACAGGUCCAGUGGUGGCUGUUGCAAUUAGCCCAGGAACUGGAGGAAAGACUGACCAAAGACCAGAGUGAUAAUGACAGGGUGGCCACCCAGCUGGUUGUGAGCAUCCGUGUACAAGGAGACAAACGUCUGAGCAGCCUGCGCCGCUGCUGUGCCCUCACCCGCUAUGAUGCUUACAAGAUGAGCCAGGAUGCAUUUGCUGUCAUCAGGAACUGUAACACUUCUGGAAUCCAGACUGAAUGGUCCCCUCCUCUCACGAUGCUCUUCCUCUGUGCUACGAAGUUCUCUGUCUCUGGCCCUGGAUCUUGCACAGACAUCACUGCCUUCCUGAGUGGUGACUCAAGUUCUCUGCCAAAGGUGCCAGUCACCAGCUCGGAAGCUAAGACCCAGGGAAGUGACCCAGCAGUGACAGCCACCAAGAAAGCAACCACCUUUCUGGAAUCAUUCUUCCAAAAAGUUGCAGAGAAGCAGAAAGCCAAACAAGCUUCAUGUUCAUCACUUACUGCUGCUACCCAGACACCCAUGAGCAAGUCGUCAUCCAAGCCCCCUUUAUUUUUCCAGACCAGUAAGACAACGGGUAUAGAGCCCUUCUUUAAGCAGAAAAGUCUGCUUCUAAAGCAGAAACAGACCAGUAAUUCUUCAGUAUCUUUGCAUCCACAAAACUCACAGGCCAACUCUAAAGGGUCACCUAACUAUUUUCCAACAGAGCAUUUGGAGAGAGGCCCUGUUUGUGACAAACCGCUGAAGCUAGACUCCUCUAAGGCAGUUUCUACAGAGGAGGAUCUGACACACAACAGCCUAGCCAUGCCUGCCUUUUCAGCUCUCCAGUCUCUGGAGGUGGCCCCAAAGGCAGUGGCUACCUCUUGUCUUUUAGCUGCUGAGGACCAGCUGCCCUGUGACAAGUGCGGCUCCCUGGUUCCAGUGUGGGAGAUGCCAGAACAUAUGGAUUAUCAUUUUGCAUUGGAAUUGCAGAAAUCCUUUCUGCAGCCUCAGUCCUCAACCCCCCAGGCUGUUCCAGCUGCAUCUCCUCAAAAGAAAAGAGACCCCAAGAGCCCCUUGGCCUGUAGUAAUAAACGCCCCCGUCCCGAGGGCAUGCAGACAUUGGAAUCAUUUUUUAAACCAUUAACACAUUAAUGCUACCCUCAGGCUUGUUGUAGGGUUUUAAUAUUUUGUCUGUAACCCAGGAGUUGGAAAUACAUUCAUUAUUUAAGGAUAUCCAUAACGAUGAAUUUUUUUUCCGGUACUGGGGAUCGAGCUCAGGACCUUGUGCUUGCAAGGCAGGUGUGGUGCCACUGAGCUAAAUCCCUAGCCCACAAUGAUAUUUGUAAUACCAAAAAAACCCCCCAAAAAACCCAAACAAACCAGGAAUUGCUAAGGAAUUCAUUUGAAUUUUUAAUCUUCAGAGUUUAGGGAGGCUGUGUCAGAUAAGUUACAUGGGCCUAGAGCCCAAGAGACCUGGUUCCAAGCAUCCCUCUGCUUCUUGUUCCCAAAAUGGUGUGAUCAUUUUCUUCACUUCUUCCUCUGUGGACUGAGAUCAUCACCUUCUGGAUUACUGAAGAUUUAAAAGGAUGUAUGAAAUGCCUCACUUAAAGAUGGCACAGAGAAGGAAUUGACUAAAAGAUGGUUAAAAAUAUCCUAGCUCUGUGACAGGCAGGUCAGAUGACACCAUGAUCAGAAUUCUGUAUUUUCUACCCCUGCGUGUUCUGAUAUAGAAUGAGACCACUUCAUGCUCUGAACUGGAGCAGCGCCAUCCUUGCUAGAGGACUUGCUGGGAAGAACCAGAAUCUGCACAUUUAUAGGACCUCCUCAUGUGUCUUCGACUUUUAGAAACCCAAUCUCUAAGCUCCUAGAGGCCAGGUUUGGAGAAGACAGGACAUUUCCUGAAGCCCAAAGCACAAAUUUCAGAGUAAGUGCUUGGGACUUUGGGAUCCCUGGUGUGUUCUCUUCCACACUGGAGUACGAACGUUGAGCUUAGUUUUGAAUCUUACGGUAGCUUUUGGCACUUGUUCACAUCUGUUAGUACCAUUUUGAUUUUUGUGGUCCUGGGAGGUUGGACCCAGGGCUUUGUUCAUGCUAGGCAAGUACUCCACUGAUCUGUAGUCCCAGUACUAGUACUGUUUUGGGUUAUUUGAUUUUGUUAUGGGGAUACUAGGGAUUGAACCCAGGGCCUCCACACUGAACUCCAUCCCCAGCCCUUUAAUUUUUUGAGACAGGGUCUCAGUUGCCCAGGCUGGGCUGGACCUUGAAAUCUUCCUGUUUCAGCCUCCCAGAAUGCUGGGAUUAUACUUGAAUGCCACUGUGUCCGGCUUUAGUACUGUAUCUUUAGUAUCUCCAUUAUGUGUGAGAAGUCAGCUUUUUGGGGUUCUCUGAUAAGAGAAGCCUUGAAUUAUACCUGGAACCAAAUGAAGAGCUAAGCAAUGUGUGGGUAUGUUACAUGAGUGGGGGGAAUGGUGUACAUGUAACCCUCUUCUCAUACAAAGCAGCAGCUUUUUAGCACAUUUAUAAAUUGCAGGACUAUAUUUAAUUUGAAGGACAGAAGCUACUGGACCUAGCAGGAAAUUAUUUUUUCCUUUGAAAAUAUUUCCCAGUUUUAUGGCACUUAAAAAGAUGUUAAUCACUGUGUACAUGAGCUUUUCCUUGUUAGAUUUGUAGCUUCUUACAGGGAGGAAUGGUUCAUGGUGCCCAGCACAUAAGAAGUACUUAGCAUUCCUUGGUUGAAUGUAAAACAAGACAGAUUUAGAUCUGAUGACCAAUAAAAAUGUACACACUCCUUGAG